AUGAUACAACCGGAUUACCCAUCUGCCAUGGGGCUAUUAGCUCAUUUGAAUUCUGAUGAGCUAAAAGAAAUGCUUAAUGACGACACUAAAUUCGAUUCUGUCCUAAAAGAUGUGAAACAGGUAAAAGACUGGGAAACAGAGCGGGAGAUGACAAUAGCAAGCAACAGGUCUUUAGCAGAAUUCAACCUGAGCAAGGAGCCAGACCUCGAGGACUUGAAAGCCCAGGUGCAGCAAAAGUCAGAGACUGGUGAACAGUUGUGCUCACGUAUACAGGAGCUUCUUGAAGACUACAAAACAAAAUCAGCGGGCAUUUCAGUAGACACGACCCAAGCGUUACUCCAGACAGCAGCAGCAGAAUCUGAAGAACAAACAGAGAAUCUAGCUCAAGACUUCCUCUCUGGGAAGAUACCAGUAGAGAAAUUCCUCGAAGACUUCGAACCAGCUCGUAAAAACAUGCAUUUAAGAAAAUUUAAGGCAGACAAAAUGGCUGAUUUAAUUCGAACUGGCGCUCAUUCAUCUUUCGGUAAUGGAAUCGCUAGGCCGUACCUUCCGUACCCGAGUUUUGGCCAGCCACAAGGGCCUCCUAACGUGCCAUACCCUAUAGGUCCAUUGAAUAUGCCUAUGCCUGGAAUGUAUGGCAACCACUUUUAA